AUGAACGAAUCGCCUCUGUUACGAAAAUCUGCUCCCAGCGAGCUCAUUGUCUUUAGAGUUAAAUAUCGUACCGCUACCAAGAACUUUCAAAUGUCCAGAACUACCUCAAUGGAUGAUAUAAUGAAACGCAUUCUUGAGUCUUUUCAAGAACCUGUUACCGAUAUAAAUAAAUUUCGCUUGGGUCUAUUUUCUGGUGAUUCACUGGUUGAUUACAUCUCUGAUUCAAAACGUUUCCUUCUCACAAAUGAUUUAGUUGAGCUUGUACAGGCUCCAGAGCUUUCUUCUAAGGACUUGAUUGCUUUGCUUGCCUGCAUUUGUGAGUGUCUUUGCAAGCCAGAACGCUUGGAUGAAGUUGAAAAUCUUUCGGAACGCCUUGGAGAACUGUUGCAUUCCAUGACUUGUUGUGAAUUUAGUGAUCACUUCUUAAUAAACGGUGGUGCAACUGUCCUUUUUGAAGUUGUCACUUCCAUCACUCGGUGUGCAGACAUGAAGGCCGAUCUACGGGUCCAGUUGUGGCGUCAUUUACUAAGUGGAUUAGCUGCUUUGAUCAACUACGAUUCUCUCAUUCUCGAAACGGGUCGAGGUGUCGAUAUCAUCGAUUACUCCUUUGAAGGAAAGGGAUUUGAGUGGACCCACGUGCCCGAUGAAAUCAUUGGUCAGGUAGAGUCAACUUAUUUACAGCAGCUUAUUAUUAUCGCAAAGCAGUUCAGCGAUUUUGUUAGGGAAGAGCUUUGUGAACUCCUAUAUAAAUUCAGGCUCGUUUUUGAUACUUCGACAAUUUCGCUACCAACGUUACGUAUACGUAUAAUUCAGGUUUCCAAACUUAAAGUCACCCACCACACAUCCGUGGAAAUCUUAAAAGAGAAGAUUCACUAG